GAGAUAUAUAUAGUGAUGAUGUGGGAAUGAAAACGAAUCAAAAUCCAAUCGUAUAUUCAGAGUCUGCAAAACAAUUCUGAAAUUUUGCUCCGAUCAUGUACAGAGUAGCAAGCGCAUCGGAAUACCUUGCCAUUACCGGCGUCGGAAUCGACGACAUUAAACUUGCCAAGAAGGCAUGGGUUCUCCCCGGCCAAUCCUGCACCAUCUUCGACAUCUCUCCCGUCAACUACACCUUCGAAGUCCAAGCCAUGAGCGCCGAGAAGCUCCCUUUCAUUCUCCCCGCCGUCUUCACCAUCGGCCCUCGCUCCGACGACAUCGAGUCACUCCUCAAGUACGCGAAACUCAUCUCCCCUCACGACAAGCUCUCCAACCAUGUCAAGGAGCUUGUCCAGGGCGUCAUCGAAGGCGAGACUCGUGUUCUUGCCGCCUCCAUGACCAUGGAGGAGAUUUUCAGAGGCACCAAAGAGUUUAAACAGGAAGUUUUUGGGAAGGUCCAGUUGGAGCUCGAUCAAUUCGGGCUUCUGAUUUACAAUGCUAAUGUUAAACAGUUGGUGGACGUUCGUGGACACGAGUAUUUUUCGUAUUUAGGGCAGAAGACGCAGCAGGAGGCUGCGAAUCAGGCGAAGGUGGAUGUGGCGGAGGCCAGGAUGAAGGGGGAAAUUGGGGCUAAAUCUAGGGAGGGACAAACCCUUCAGAAUGCUGCUAAGAUCGACGCGGAGACUAAGAUUAUUUCGACUCAGAGGCAAGGGCAGGGGAAGAAGGAGGAGAUUAAAGUCAGGGCGGAGGUUAAGGUGUUCGAGAAUGAAAGGGAGGCGGAAGUGGCGGAAGCCAACGCCGAACUUACUAAGAAGAAGGCUGCCUGGACUAGAGCUGCCCAAGUGGCGGAAGUGGAAGCCACGAAAGCCGUCGCACUCAGAGAGGCGCAGUUACAGAAGGAGGUGGAGAUGAUGAAUGCAAUGACUAUGACGGAGAAAUUGAGGGCUGAAUUUCUUAGCAAAGCCAGCGUUGAGUAUGAAACUAAGGUACAAGAGGCAAAUUGGGAGUUGUACAACAAGCAAAAGAAAGCGGAAGCGGUUCUGUUCGAAAAGGAGAGAGAAGCCGAAGCACAGAAGGCAUUAGCCAACGCCGCGUUUUACGCUCGUCAACAAACCGCCGACGGAGAGCUCUACGCCAAAAAGAAAGAGGCGGAGGGAUUGGUAGCGCUGGCGGAGGCUCAAGCUCAUUACCUCCGUUCACUUCUCGACGCAUUGGGCGGUAAUUACGCCGCUCUCAGAGAUUACCUAAUGAUCAACGGAGGCCUCUUCCAAGAAGUUGCUAAAAUCAAUGCCGACGCCAUUAAAGGCCUUCAGCCUAAAAUUAGUGUCUGGACUAAUGGGAGCGGCGGACAAGGCCUGGAAGGCGGCGGCGGAGCUGGGACUAUGGCGUUGAAAGAGGUGGCCGGAGUUUACAAAAUGCUGCCACCGCUGUUUCAGACGGUUCAUGAGCAGACUGGAAUGCUUCCUCCGCCGUGGAUGGGAAGUUUGGGUGAUUCUUCUCAGAAUUGAAGGAGGGUUUGAUUUGGUUUAAUGUUUACUUGUGUUUGUAUAUCAAAUCAAUUGAAAUAUCUCUGAAUUCCCCUUUUUUCUUUUUUUGCUAUUAAUCAAAGACCAAAUAAAUUGGUGUAGCAAUUCAUAAUCUUCUAA